UUUUUUUUUUUUUGUCGACUGUGCUACAUUUUAGCCAAUGGGAGGGACUAAAGAAUGCAUCACCCACGGGCGACAGUACCGAUGAACUAUUCUGGUGGCGUUAACCUGGAAUACGAUAAAUUUCCUCCCGGAUAAGUAAUUAGUUCCUCCGUCCCGCGUGCGGAAUAAAUGAUUGUCCCGAGCUGAAGCUGCAGCUGAACUCCUGUGAUCUGGUCCCUCUAACAGCAGUGCAAUGGCCUGUCCAGAGGAUGUGGUUGAGCAUUUGGUCGUGAGCUCAGCUGCACAGAACCUCGACCGAAGGCGCUUCUCACGAGACCUCCACAAUCUGAGUCCAGAUGAGUUAGACGGCCUCAUAUCAGCUGGUGAGGGUCGUUCGUUCCUCAUGGUUCAUUACCUCCCUGAAAUUAGAGAUGAAGGUGUACCUUACCUGAUGCCGGGUGUUCCUAUUACAUGCAGAGUGGACAACACAGAGAAGUACACCACCAGCUCCAAGGUCCGCGUAGGAACCUUGUACUCAAUCCAUCUAACACAUGGCCACUUCCACUGGACCAUGAAGAGGAAAUACAAACACUUCCAGGAGCUGCACAGAGACCUUUACAAGCACAAAAUGAUGCUUCACUUGAUGCCUCUUGGAAGGUUUGCAAAGGAUAGGCAGCUGCUGAGGAACAUGUCAGAGGAAAUGCCGAGCCUACACGGCACAGAACGGACCAGAACUGCCUCCAGCAAAGGGAAGUACCUCGAGGAGUACCUGAACGGGCUGCUGGAGAAUGCAUUCUGCAGAAAUGACAAGAGCAUGCUGGAAUUCCUCUCUGUCAGUCCUCUCUCCUUUGUCACUGAUCUGGGACCUAAAGGCUUGGAGGGGCCGAUCAUGAAGAGGUCAGGAGGUCACCAUAUCCAAGGACUGAACUGCUUCGGCCACCACCAGUUCUGUUUCCGCUGGUCACACCGCUGGCUAGUGGUGAAAGACUCUUUCCUGUUGUACAUGAGCCAAGACUAUGACAUCAUCAACUUUGUGCUGCUGUUUGACCCAGAGUUCAAAGUCCAAGUGGGCCGUUUAUACACUGGCACAGAGUAUGGAGUUUGCAUUAAGAACUCAACACGUGAUCUGAUAAUUAAGUGCAGCAGUUAUAGACAAAGUCACUGGUGGAGCCACGAAAUCAACCGGCUGGCAGAACUAUGCGACUUUCUCAAAAAGCAGCGCUUUGAAGGGUUUGCUCCACCACGGGAGAACGCUCUGACUAAAUGGUAUGUGAAUGGAAGCGGCUACUUCAGUGACCUGGCUGAUGCUCUGGAACAAGCCAAGGAGGAGAUUUUCAUCACUGAUUGGUGGCUCAGUCCAGAGGUGUUCCUUAAGAGGCCGGCAACUAAUAACUACUGGAGGCUGGAUGAGAUCCUGAAACGAAAAGCAGAGCAAGGGGUCAAAGUCUGUGUCAUGCUGUACAAAGAGGUGGAGAUGGCGCUUGGUAUCAACAGCGACUACAGCAAGAGGAGUCUCAUGAAUAUGCAUCCAAACAUCAAGGUGAUGCGACAUCCUGACCACGUGUCAUCAGUUGUGGUUUUUUGGGCACACCACGAAAAGAUGGUGGCCAUUGAUCAAACUGUAGCCUUUGUAGGGGGCAUCGACCUGGCAUUUGGGAGGUGGGAUGACAGUCAGUACCGCCUAUCGGACUUGGGUUUAACAGAAGAGUCGAACCAUGUAAAAACGAGUCAGAAAGGUAACGGUGUGACUGAGGGUCCAAAAUCAGAUAAUCCAACAAAACAAGAUCCAGCUCAUCUGGAUGGUAACACUAAACUGUGGCUUGGCAAAGAUUACAGCAACUUUAUCUACAAAGACUGGACCAACCUGGACAAGCCAUUUGAAGAUAACAUUGACCGUACUAAGAUUCCUCGCAUCCCGUGGCGUGACCUGUCUGCAGCUGUUCAUGGCAGAGCUGCCAGGGAUGUGGCUCGACACUUCAUCCAGCGCUGGAACUAUGCCAAGGUUAAAAAAAUCAAGUACAAAGAUGACUUCUACCCUUACCUCCUUCCCAAGUCUCAUUCUACAGCCGACUCACUGCCGUUCACUGUGCCUGGCUCCAAGAAAGCCAGAGUUCAGGUGCUGCGCUCUGCACAUACGUGGUCAGCAGGAACAUGUGAAAGCUCUAUCUUGAACACUUACAUACACAUCAUCAAGAACAGCGAGCAUUACAUCUACAUCGAGAACCAGUUCUUCAUCAGCUGUACCGAGGGGACAACCGUCAAAAACGGGAUCGGAAAAGCAGUUGUGGAUCGAAUCCUGCGAGCCCACAGAGAGCAGAAGAAAUUCAGAGUGUUUGUGGUGAUCCCUUUGCUUCCUGGUUUCGAGGGAGACAUUAGCUCAGGAGGUGGAAACGCCAUCCAAGCUAUUCUGCACUACACCUACAGUACGAUGUGCCGCGGACAGAACUCCAUCUUGUCUAAGCUCAGCGAGGUCGAGGACCGGUGGACGGAGUACAUCUCUUUCUGUGGACUCAGAAAACACUCCCAGCUCUGCGAGUCGCUCGUCACAGAGCUGAUCUACGUUCACAGCAAGACGCUGAUAGCUGAUGAUCGCUGCUACCUCAUCGGAUCAGCCAACAUCAAUGAUCGUAGCAUGCUGGGCGACAGAGAUAGUGAGCUGGCCGUGCUCGUGGAGGAUGAAGAGAGAGUUCCGUCGGUCAUGGGAGGACAGGAGUACGAAGCAGGACCGCUCACACUCGCUCUACGUAAAGAGUGCUUCAGUGUUCUUGUUGGAGCAUCUUCAGACCCCAGCAUCAACAUAGAUGAUCCAAUCAGUGACGAUUUCUUCUUCUUGGUCUGGAAUGAAACUGCUAAAAUGAACACGACUAUUUAUGACAAGGUCUUCAGAUGCCUUCCCUGCAACAGUGUCCACAGCAUGCUGCACCUGAAGGACUACUCCUGCCAGGAACGCCUCUGCAACACAGACCCAGAGCAGGCAGUAGAAGAGCUGAAGGGGAUUCGAGGGUUGCUGGUUCACUUCCCUCUGAAGUUCUUGUGCGAGGAAAACCUCCAGCCUCCAAAGAACACCAAAGAAGGCCUGGCUCCCUCAGAGCUGUGGACUUGAUCACAUUUGUGCCCAGAUUUAACCUCUACGAGUCAACCUAACACCCAGCAUUGCACAAGGCCUUAAAACUAGCAUACAUUUAAUCUGGACAGAUUAGCCUAAAUCCUGAUAAAAUAAGUAAAGGUUGACCAAUAAUCUGUUUAGACAAUAGCUAAAGAUGCUGGUGAGUUUAUUGCAUCCCAACUUCUGCAGGGCUAAUCCUCAUACAAGGCCUUUCUAAAUGUAUGUAUGAAUCAGGAGAGGAAAUGAAGCAUCUCCCAUGGUCUGGGAACACCGUGUGCAUUUAUUGGUGCAGGAUUUUUGGUUGGUGGGUGGCUCUGUCUAUUUCUCGCUCACGCUCUCUCUGUCUCCCUCUGAGGCUUCACCUCUCACUGCAGCGCCUGAAAACCUGUCAGAACAUUUGUGGUUGUUAUGGUGACGGUUAUAAAGAGGUGACUGGAUUGUAGCUGAAAUAAAGACUCGGUAGGGCAGAAAGGGAGAGCGCUGAUUUGAGGGAUGGCUUACGAAAUCUGAAUGGCUCCUCCAGGAUCUAGAAAGUACUCGAAUACAAGGAAUUAGCAUAUUUAGUUGUUUUUUUAUGUGAAGAAGAAAUGUGAGUGGGAAAAGAAAAGCGAAGACAAGAAGAUUAAAGGGUGCUGGGUUGAUUUACUGUUGAUUUUUGCUUUUCCUUCUGUCACCAUGACAACCAAGUGGAUGAUAAUUUUACCACGUUGUCAGCAGUCAAGUGCAGAACGUUCGCACUGACUUGUGUUGCGCAGCUAUUUCCAUGUCCUGUCUAGGUGCCGUGGAAGUGCGUUGUGUGUCUACCUUAUGUUAUAUUUGCUCACUGGCACGAGGCAUUUGUUGAGGCCCAACUGAGAAGUGAUCGAAUGUGUCUGACGGAGCUCCCGCUGACUGCUGAGACUGCCAACUUUGGACACAAUCGGGUUAUAUUUUCAUAAUCGAAGGCACUUUUUAUAUUUUUGUGUACAUUACACUUUUGACAUGUUAGCAAACUACUUUUGUUUACAUGAUGUAUUACGAAGGCAGUCUUCCCCCUUCUGAAAUGUUGUUUACGCAUAAGUGACAUCAUGUAGCAGGUCAUAACAGAGUUGCUGCUUUCUGAGGACGACUGGGACUCAGAAUGGUUCAUGUAGGUGAGGAUGCUUCGGUAAUUCUCAGAUUUUACACUCCAACGAAAAGCUGAACCAUUUUUUUUUUACAAGUAUACAAAUGUUUUGACUCCCAGAAUGACUCAUUGAGGUUCAUAAUGUUGUCCUAAAUAAGUUUAUAUCCAAUAAUGAGUGAACUAGUUGAACCAUCAGAAGCAAGUGAAAUUGCACAGACUAUUAUGUAAUAUUUUGAUAGAUCUCUGCAUGUCAACAACACCUCCUCCAUGGUUUGUGAGAUGAGUUGCACAUGAGCACUGAUUCUACUUAAAGCACCUUUUACAGACGAGCCAGUAAAACCAUCUGGUUGGACAUGUUUUUUUUUUAAUUUUUUUUUUUUUUUAAUAUUCACUCUUCACUAUAUAAUCAGUCACACACUCAUAGAAGCAGGAUAUUUUCUACCAUUUUUUACAUAGCAAAAAAUUCAUGUUUGAAAAAUGUCUUUUAAAUGCUAGAUUUGCAGAAAUUCCUUAUUUAUUUUCUGCCUUUAUUAUGAACAUUCUUAUUUUUGGACUAAUAGUCAGCACCACUACUGCAUUUUUUACAUGUUCUACCAGAUUGAUAACCUCUGCUGUGUAUUAGUUUUAACAGUCAUGUAAAAAUAUUUUGUUUGCAGAUCUGUGGUUUAAUUAUUUAACACUGUUUGGACCACUAACUUAGAAGUAGUUUUUAAUCAUUCACAUAUUUGUAUGUGUAACCUAUGCAUAAAUUUUUGUUUUUCUUAUUCCAUUUUAUUAUUUUCUGUGGAACUAAACUUUAAAUCAGCUCUUAUAUUAAUUUGAAAUCAUUUAUUGUAGCCUCAUCAUUUUAACCAAAACUGUAUUUUAUAUAUGAUCUAAAAAUGUAACUAUUUUGUUUAUAAAAAAAUAAAUUAAAUUACAAUAAAAA